CGACGUCGCCGCCUCCGCUGUUGCUGUUGCUGCUGCUGCCAAAACGAGGGAGGGAGGGAGGGAGAGAGGGAGAGGGAGGCUCGCGCGCGCUGGGCACCUCGGGAAAAGGAGGGGGGGCUCGGCGUCGGGCGCGCGGCGGAGGCGCCUGGGACCCGGAGGGAAGGAAGGAAGGAAGGAGUGAGGGAAAGGCAGGCGGGUGGGCGCCGCCGCCGACACGACGCUCGGAGAGACUCGCUUUCUCGCCGCCGCCCUGCCUCACCCCGGAGAGGGACGGACGGACGGACGGACCCCCCCCCAUCUGCCCCCUUUCGAAAUUGCAGAAAAUCUAGAGUAUACCUGGACCAAGAUCUCCUGACGUUUUCCUGAAGAGUGGAGUUUUUUUCUUGAGGCUUGCACCUCAGUCUCCAAAGGAAAAAUAGCAGUGAGGAAGAAAGUAUAAAGGUUAAUGUUUUCAUCCACCCGGACAAAGGAGAAUGGGGACCCUACACCCAAAAGAAUGAAGACUCGACAGAAUAAAGACUCUAUGUCAAUGCGGAGUGGUCGGAAGAAGGAGACUCCAGGGCCCCGAGAGGAGCUCAGGACACGGGGUCGAGCUUCUCCAGGUGGUGUCAGUACCUCUAGCAGUGAUGGCAAAGCUGAGAAAUCCCGACAAACUACCAAGAAAGGUCGUGUGGAAGAAUCAAUGGCCCCUAAAGGAAGCAAACAAAGCCGACCAGAAGAAAUUUCAGAGAGUGAAGGCGAGGACACCAAUGCCCCAAAGAAAACUAAAACAGAGGAGCUGCCAAGACCUCAAUCUCCCUCAGAUGUGGACAGUCUAGAUGGCCAUAGCUUCAAUGAUGAGACAAGCAGUGACCCCCGUGACAUUGACCAGGAUAACAGGAGCACCUCCCCCAGUGUCUACAGUCCUGGGAGUGUGGAGAAUGAUUCUGACUCCUCCUCUGUGCUUUCACAAGGGCCAUCUCGCUCUUACCAUCACCCCCCACUUUUCCCUCAGAGUCCCUCCCCUGCUCCCCUGACAGAGGGCCUGGCCCGUCCUCCAGAACCAAGCUUUGGCAUACCAGGGGACGUUCAUCCUCAGGGCCCAGCAAGUGGCUACCAGUCUCAGCUUGAAGCCCAGGCCUCAAGGAUUUUCCAGGCCCAAGCCCCACCAGCAGCUCCCCCUCCCUCCACCAACUCUUCCUCCUCCCCCUCCUCUUCCUCCUCUUCCUCCUCGUCUUCCUCCUCCAGUACCCAUGCUUCCCUCUACCCUAAUGCUAAUGUGGUCCAGAUGGGGCCCAAAGCUGUGGGUGCAGGAGCAGGGCUUCCUGUGCCAGGUGGCCGUGAGCAGUCACUCAGCACCAAGCACAACCCGCCCCCGACAACACCGAUAUCCCUCGCCUCUGUGGCCGGCGGCUUGCCCCCUCAGAAAACAACUCCAAACAAUUCCCCAUCCAUACCUCCUCCAUCAGCUGCCACUUUCCCACAUGUGUUAUCCAACUUGCCUCCCCCACCAGCUCUCCGCCCCCUUAAUAAUAUAGCGGCCAGUGCCAACUCUCCUGGUAUGGUGGGGCCAGUGAUGAGUGGGCACCUUCCAUCACCUCAUGGGAUGGGGCAGGAUAAGUCCCCUAUCCCUUCCCGCUACCCCUAUGCCCCGCCUCCCCCGCCACCCCCACCCAGCUGUUCCGCUCAGUACACCCUCCCUCCCCCUUCCCAGGCAUUGCCCAGUUACAACUCAUCUUAUGGUCACUCCUUUCCUCCACCCAGCAGCCUCUCCGUCUCCAGCCAGCCGCCCAAAUACACGCAGCCCUCUAUGCCUUCGCAGCCUGUGUGGAGCCAGGGCCCUCCACCUUACAGUCGCCCCACAGGGAACUCCAGUUCCCACCCUCCUCCCCCUCCCCCUCCUCCUCCUCCUCCUCCCCCCUUUCCUGGUCAAGCCAUUCACCACCAGCAACAGCAGCAACACCAUCACAACCAUGGCAACAGCACCGGGCUCCCUCCCACAGCAGCUGCAUCUGCUGCUGCAGCUGCAUCUGCCACACCCCAGGCAUCUGGAGGCUAUUCCCAACCACUGGAACAGGGCCCACACCAUCCUUCCCAUGCUGCCUAUGGGCUUCGACUAUACCCACCCCACGGUCAUUCCACUUACAGCCAGGCCCCUUCAGCUUCUUCCUCCUCUUCCUCUUCUUCYUCCUCCUCCUCCUCCUCUUCCUCCUCUUCCUCCUCUCAAGGACCAUAUCCUGGGGUCUGCAGCCACCCACAAGGGCAAAACAGUGCCACCUAUGCCUUUCCUCCUCCCCCUCCCCCUUCACCUGCACAUGGGGCUGGGCCCCCAGUCACUUCUGCUUCUGUUACCCUCUCCACUGUAAUUACUACAAUGGCUUCCUCCUCCUCUACAGCCCCCUACAAGACAGUCUCCCCUCCAGUGGGUCCCCCUGCUGUCGCCUCCUACGGAAAGCGAACAGCUUCACCUUCUCCCAGCUUUCAGCCCCCCACCCCCUACAAGCCUGGCUCCCCGCCCUCCUCCUCCACAUCCUCAUUCCGAGCAGCCACACCGCCAGGAUACCGCCUCACUUCUUCCCCAGUGGCCAGUGGCUACAAGGCUCCCUCACCAACCCCGCUUGGCCCAUCGACCUCUGGCAGCAUGGCUGCCCCUCCUCCCCCACCUUUGCCUCCACUGCCCCUCACUGCCGCACAGAUCAAGCAAGAGCCUGCUGAGGAGUAUGAGCCCCCAGAAAGCCCAAUGCCCCCAGUCCGGAGUCCUUCGCCGGCCCCCAAAGUGGUGGAUGUACCAAGUCAUGCCAGCCAGUCAGCCAGGUUCAACAAACAUCUGGAUCGUGGCUUCAACUCAUGCUCACGGACUGAUCUCUACUUUGUGCCCUUGGAUGGUUCAAAACUUGCCAAGAAACGGGCAGACCUGAUAGAGAAGGUGCGCAGAGAAGCAGAACAGAAAGCCCGGGAAGAGAAGGAGCGUGAAAGAGAGAGAGAACGAGAAAAGGAGCGGGAGAGGGAGAAAGAAAGAGAACUGGAAAGAAGUGUGAAGGUGGCACAAGAAGGGCGAGCGGUGGAAUGCCCAUCUCUUGGCCCCGUCCCUCACCGCCCUUCCUUUGAGCAGGGCAGUGCUGUGGCUACUGUCCCACCAUAUCUGGGCCCUGACACCCCGGCUCUUCGUACCCUCAGCGAGUAUGCCCGGCCCCAUGUGAUGUCUCCCAGCAACCGCAACCACCCCUUCUAUGUGCCGCUGGGUGCUGUUGACCCAGGACUGCUGGGUUACAACAUGCCAGCCAUCUACAGCAGUGACCCAGCCACACGGGAGAGAGAGCUGAGAGAGCGAGAGGCCCGUGAGCGAGACCUUAGGGACCGAGACCUGCGGGAGCGCCUUAAGCCUGGAUUUGAGGUGAAGCCAGCUGAGUUGGAGCAACUCCACGCUGUCCCUGGCGCUGCCAUGGAUCCUUUCCCACGUCACGGGGGACUGGCUCUGCAGGCAGGCCCUGGUCUGCACCCUGCCUUCCCCUUUCAUCCAGGGCUGGGCCACCUGGAGAGGGAGCGGCUAGCGCUGGCUGCCGGCCCAGCCUUGCGCCCUGACAUGUCCUAUGCUGAGCGCUUAGCGGCCGAGCGGCAGCAUGCUGAGAGAGUGGCUGCUCUGAGCAAUGACCCUUUGGCUCGGCUGCAGAUGCUCAACGUGACUCCUCACCAUCACCAGCACUCCCAUAUCCACUCACACCUCCACCUCCACCAGCAGGACGCCAUCCAUGCAGCUUCUGCCGCUGUUCACCCUCUUAUUGAUCCACUGGCUACUGGGUCUCAUCUCACCCGGAUACCCUACCCAGCUGGUACCAUCCCUAAUCCACUCCUUCCUCACCCACUCCAUGAAAAUGAGGUGCUGCGCCACCAGCUUUUUGCUGCCCCCUACAGAGACCUGCCUGGCUCGCUCUCUACACCAAUGUCAGCAGCACACCAGCUCCAAGCCAUGCAUGCCCAGUCAGCAGAGCUGCAGCGUCUGGCCCUGGAGCAGCAGCAGUGGCUGCAUGCCCACCACCCUCUGCAUGGUGUGCCACUCCCCACCCAGGAGGAUUACUACAGCCACCUGAAAAAAGAAAGUGACAAGCCCCUUUAGAUGGAUUUCAUUUCUCAUGAUGACUUCAUUACCCUUUAGCUGCUGCUUCUUCUUUGAGAGGAAGAUCAACCAACCAAAUCCUGGGCCUGAGGAAAGCUGCACAGUGACACAACCCCUCGUUUCUGUCAACAGAAGAAUGCAGGAAUCAGAACAACUGCUGUCUGGAGGGGGUGGGGGGAGGGUGGCGAAAAGGAAGGAAAGUGGGUGUAAAGCACCAGUGGGAACUUUAGACAAAUGGCUCAUCCUCCCCUUGUAUUUAGUAAGUGACGGUAUAACCACCCCAUGCGCUGCCUUUCCUGUGCCCUUUUCCCACCCCAGAUCCUUGGGCACAUAUAGCUAAUCAGCAGGAACUCAAAGCAUGAUGGAACUAAAAAAAACACCCCUUUCCAAACCCUGAUGGACAAAAAUAACCUGGAGGAAAAGUGCAUCAUGGGACUUUUCUUGACGGCAUUGCCAAGUUCUUCCUCAAACCUCGAGAGACUGAUCCAAGUCCAUAGGUGCAUAGCACCAUGUGAGUAUCUCCAGGGGCCGCUGCCUUUUUUAUAUCCAUGCCUUGUUGGUGCAGGAGAACCUUGUGGGACUGUUUCAAAGAUGACAGCUCUCCUUUCCCCUUCCGUCCCAUUGGCAAGGAGAGGUGAACGUGGCCAAGUGGUGCAAGGCAUGGUGGGACGUUCCGCAGUGGCAGCUGCCCCUUUCUUCUUCACCCAUUCCAAUUGAUGUAUUCAUGCACACCCCGUUAGACGUGGCAGUUUUGCGUAGCAAUUUGUGAUUCCUUGAUCUCCCCGUGUGUGUGUCUAAUCUCACGGUUGUAUAUCUUGAUCUGUCCUCCUAUAUAUUUACAUAAGAACAUUAAAAGAUACCCAACUAUGGGAGAAGAAUCUCCCUAUA